AUGCCUGCCACACAGCCCCGUGAUUGUGAAUACAUCGUGCCGAGCAGGUUCAGCGUGGAGCGGCCGCACACAUGGCGCCUCGUGAUGGAUGAGGCUGGGCGUGCAUUGGCGGCGCGUUACGGCAACGACGCGUCCCCCCAGCGGGCGUUGGACGAGGUGACCCUUCACAGCCGUGAUCAGCAUAUGCGUGAAGAGGCUGCAAAACGUCAGGCUGGUUUGGCAGAAGGGACGAGAAAUGGAAGGUUGGGAAGCAAUCCCGAUUACUCAGUACCGCGGGUGGGUGUGGUGCCUGUUCAAAAACAGUUACACUACCAUGCUGGUGCGUCAGUGUCCUCCUCGAACGGGCGUAUCACUGCUGCAGGAGUGGGCACGACCCCUCAGCAGGAACAACGGCAACGACCCACAUUAUACAGCCCCAUUCCACGGGAGGUGCCCGUUUCUUCAUUUCACUGA